AUGGAAGAUAGUCUGAUAACCUCGCUCUUGGAAUCGGUUCGGGCAGGACUACGGGCGGACAGUUUCGUUCAAAAAGUCGGCAUGGGUAUCGGCGCGGGCAGCUGUCCAAUUAAAACACUGUACAACCAAAUUGGUACCUUCAAGAAGGACUGGAAGCAUUGGGACGCUUUGCUGUCCCAGUCCAGCUUCACCUUUGAUCAGACUGGUCAUCCGUUUGCUGCCAAAUUCAGAUAUCAACUGCUGCGAGCAGCAGAUACUCUCCGCCAGUUGUUCAGUGGUUAUCCGGCAACGGGCAGCUUCGUCGUGACUCCGGAAGAGCUGGUAGCAGGGCUGGUAGCAGGGCUGGCAACAGCGGAGCCGGCGGGUGAGACUCAUCGUCGUCGGUCGUCGUCGUCGUCAGUCGUCGUCGUCGUCGGACCCAGAAGUACCGCCGCGGCGGAGAAGACGGGUAAGAGGAGAUUUUGGUGA